UUUUUUGGUGAUGGUGAAUUAUGCAGACUGUGUCAGGUGAAAUGACUCCAGUGAGUUACAGGAAGGAAUUAUCUUCGUCUCUCUGUCAGUGUUUCCUCUUCUGAUGAAGGAAGAACAUCCUGGUCACUUGAUGUGGAUGUAAAGUCAGCAGGUGUACUGUCUACCAUGAGUCAGUCUGAGGAGAAAGAUGAGGGGGUCCCGACCUUCAGCACCUCUCUGUCUGAGGGAGAUGAGAGGACUGAGCAGAAAAGAGCAGAAAAGAGCAGAUUCUCCUGCAGAUUCUCAUGGAGUGACCACUCCAUGGAUUACCCCAUGGUUUUCAAACAGUCUGAGCAGGAAAGAGCAGAUUCUCCUGCACCAAGCCUUGUGUCCAUGAAGAGUGACCAGUCCAUGGAUUACCCCAUGGUGUUCAGACAGCAAGAUUCACUUUCUGUGACUGAGCAAAAAAGUGCAGAUUCUCCUGCACCAACUUGUGUGUCCAUGAAGAGUGACCAGUCCAUGGAUUACCCCAUGGUGUUCAGACAGCAUGAUUCAAUUUCUAAGGCUGAGCCGGAAAGAGCAGAUUCUUCUGCACCAAGCCUUGUGUCCAUGAAGAGUGACCAGUCCAUGGAUUACCCCAUGGUGUUCAAACGGCAAGAUUCAAUUUCUAAAGUUCACCAGGAGAUGUCAGAUGUUUCCACUGAUAGUGAAACUGGGCUGGACUCCAUAUUUACGCUGCUUGAGGAGAACAUUGUUGCUUUUGCGAAAAAUGAGCUUAAGAAGUUCAAGAAGAUUCUGAGUCCAGAUUCCAAAGAGUGCUUCGAGAGCAAAGGUGAAGACGAGGAGGAGGUUAACGGAGAAGUGGAAGAGCAGAGGAGGAGCAGCAGAGAGGCAUUUUUAAAGAUCACACUGCACUUCCUGAGGAGAAUGAAGCAGGAGAAGCUGGCUGACUCUCUUCAGAACAAAUUGUUUGCUGCAGUUUGCCAGCGUAAACUUAAAUCUAACCUACAGAAGAAGUUCCAGUGUGUGUUUGAGGGGAUCGCUAAAGCAGGAAACCCAACCCUUCUGAAUCAGAUCUACACAGAGCUCUACAUCACAGAGGGAGGGACUGCAGAGGUCAAUGAUGAACAUGAGGUCAGACAGAUUGAUACAGCAUCCAGGAAACCAUACAGACCAGAAACAACCAUCAGUUUUGAAGACAUCUUUAAAGCCUCACCUGGAAGAGAUGAACCAAUCAGAACAGUGAUGACAAAUGGAGUGGCUGGCAUUGGGAAAACAGUCUUAACACAGAAGUUCACUCUGGACUGGGCUGAAGACAAAGCCAACCAGGACAUACAGUUCACAUUUCCACUCACUUUCAGAGAGCUGAAUGUGCUGAUAGAGAAAAAGUACAGCUUGGUGGAACUUGUUCAUCACUUCUUUUCUGAAACCAAGGAAGCAGGAAUCUGCAGGUUUGAAGAGUUCCAGGUUGUGUUCAUCUUUGACGGUCUGGAUGAGUGUCGACUUCCUCUGGACUUCCACAACAAUGAGAUCCUGACUGAUGUUACAGAGUCCACCUCAGUGGAUGUUCUGCUGACAAACCUCAUCAGGGGGAAACUGCUUCCCUCUGCUCGCCUCUGGAUCACCACACGGCCUGCAGCAGCCAAUCAGAUCCCUCCUGACUGUGUUGACAUGGUGACAGAGGUCAGAGGGUUCACUGACCCACAGAAGGAGGAGUACUUCAGGAAGAGAUUCAGAGAUGAGGAGCAGGCCAGCAGAAUCAUCUCCCACAUCAAGACAUCACGAAGCCUCCACAUCAUGUGCCACAUCCCAGUCUUCUGCUGGAUCACUGCUACAGUUCUGGAGGAUGUGAUGAAGACCAGAGAGGAAGGAGAGCUGCCCAAGACCCUGACUGAGAUGUACAUCCACUUCCUGGUGGUUCAGACCAAAGUGAAGAACAUCAAGUAUGAUGGAGGAGCUGAGACAGAUCAUCACUGGAGUCCAGAGAGCAGGAAGAUGAUUGAGUCUCUGGGAAAACUGGCUUUUGAUCAGCUGCAGAAAGGGAACCUGAUCUUCUAUGAAUCAGACCUGAUAGAGUGUUUCAUUUAUAUUAGAGCAGCCUCAUUGUACUCAGGAGUGUUCACACAGAUCUUUAAAGAGGAGAGAGGACUGUACCAGGACAAGGUGUUCUGCUUCGUCCAUCUGAGUGUUCAGGAGUUUCUGGCUGCUCUUCGUGUCCAUCUGACCUUCAUCAACUCUGGAGUCAACCUGAUGGCAGAAGAACAAACAACUUCCUUGUGGUCUAAAUUGUUCAGAGGCAGACCUGAACAUUUCUACCAGAGGGCUGUGGACAAGGCCUUAGAGAGUCCAAAUGGACACCUGGACCUGUUCCUCCGCUUCCUCCUGGGUCUUUCACUGCCAACCAAUCAGUCUCUUCUACAAGGUCUGGUGACACAGACAGGAAGCAGUUCACAAUCCAAUCAGGAAACAGUCCAGUUCAUCAAGAAGAAGAUCAGUGAGAAUCUGUCUCCAGAGAAAAGCAUCAGUCUGUUCCACUGUCUUAAUGAACUGAAGAAUGGUUGUCUAGUGGAGGAGAUCCAACGGUGGCUGAGUUCAGAACGUCUGUCCCCAUAUGAAUACACUCCUUGUCAUUGGUCAGCUCUGUGCUUCAUGUUGCUGUCAUCAGAGGAAGAUCUGGAGGUUUUUGACUUCAAGAAAUAUUCAACUUCAGAGGAGGCUCUUGUGAGGCUGCUGCCAGUGGUCAAAGUCUCCACCAAGGCUCUGCUAAGUUGCUGCAAUCUGUCAGAGAGAAGCUGUGAAGCUCUGUCUUCAGUUCUGAGCUCUCCGUCCUCCAGUCUGAGGGAGCUGGACCUGAGUAACAACGACCUGCAGGACUCAGGAGUGAAGCUGCUCUGUGUUGGACUGGAGAGUCCAAAUUGUAGACUGGAAGUUCUCAGGUUGUCAGGCUGUCUGAUCACAAAGAAAGGAUGUGCUUCUCUGGUGUCUGCUCUGAGAUCCAACCCAUCUCAUCUGAGAGAGCUGGACCUGAGCUACAAUAAUCCAGGAGACUCAGGAGUGAAGCUGCUUUCUGAUGCAAAGGAUGAUCCUAGCUGGAGACUGGAAACUCUGAGGAUGGAGCACGGUGGAUCACAAUCAAUGAAAUCUGGUCUGAAGAAGUAUGCCCGUAAACUCACGCUGGACCCAAACACAGCAAACAGAAAACUCACACUGUCCGACAACAACAGGAAGGUGACAGUGGGGAAAGAGACACAGUCGUAUCCUGAUGAUCCAGAGAGAUUUGACUACUGGAAACAGGUGCUGUGUACCAGAGGUCUGAAUGGUCGCUGUUACUGGGAGGUCGAGUGGAAAGGACAUGUUUACAUAGCAGUGGCUUACAAAGGAAUAAAAAGGAGAGGAAACAGUGAAGACUGCUGUCUGGGAAUGAAUGAUCAGUCCUGGAGUCUGAGCUGCUCCGAUAGUGCUUACUCUAUCCUGCACAGUAACAGGCAAGUGUCCAUCCCUGUGCCUCCCACAAAGAAAGUGGGAGUGUACCUGGACUGGGAUGCUGGCACUUUGUCCUUCUACGGAGUCUCCACUGAUAAACUGACCCACAUCUACACCUUGUACACCACAUUCACUGAGCCGGUCUACCCUGCCUUCAGGGUCAGGAUGGACUCGUCAAACUCGUCAAUGUCUUUGUGUUAGAUCCAGUAAAACAUCACCUCCUUUUCUCUAUCUGAGUGAGUUUUGGAUUAUGAUAAAUCUUGAGAGAGAUGAGGUCGAAUACGUCAAUGGUGACAAAGACUAAAAAACAGUGAUAAUCUGCUAACUGCUAACACCUGCAAUCAAUAUGUGCUCUAUUUAAAGGUCCAAUGCGUAAAAAUUAGUGGUAUCUAGCUGUGAGGUUGCAGAACUAAAACCUCUCCCAUGUGCCAUGUGUGUAGGGGAGAGUUUUUUCGCCCAACAGGAAGUCAGCCAUCUUGGAUUGGACAUAUUUGUAAUUGGUUAUAAUUAGCUCCACCCACCCAGCUGUUGGACAUUUUUAAUCAUUAAUAAUUUAAUGUAAUGUGCAUUUAAGUUUAAGCAAACUUGAUAGAACUCGGUUCUCAGAUUCGUUUCAGAUUAGGGGGGUGUAACCCUCCAACUUAUCUUAGACUUAAUUGCGAAGGAAAAGUCAAUAGCUCCAACGAUGAUGUCAAAGGUAAUGUGAGAACACGCCAUUGCCAGCACUGUACAGGUGUGGAACCUAAUGAAUCCUAGAGGAUUUAACACAUCCAUCUCAAUGUUUGGCUGCAGAAUCUGAAGACCUUCAAAAUGCCAAAUUGCAAAGUGUUUGUGUUUUUGAGGAAUUGCUUUGCUAUGGAAGCUAAGCUAAUUUCUAUGUUUCAACAUGACACAGGAAGCUGUUGUAAUGUGACUUUGCAUAAUCCAUUCUGCCCCAGAUUUCACAUGCUAGAUAAGAGUCUAGGUCUGAAGACAUCUCCAUGACAAUAUUAAUUUAUCAUCAUAGCGCCAUCCACUGACAACAGGAAGUCAGCCUCACGUAGAAAAAAUCAUCAGAGUUACAUUAAGUCUGUAUGGUGUGGUAUACAUAUGAUAUACAGCAACAUGACAUAUCAUUGGUGUGUGCUCUAUAGCGCCACAUAGUGGAUACAGGAAGUGGCCCAAAAUUUGCAGUAGGUCAUUUCCACAUACUCCAAGCAAGAGGUACCAUUUAACUCCUGCGUGCAGUGUCUGACUUUCACUGAAAUGCAUGGACGUGUAGACCAGCAUUAUACCUAUACCGCCAACGUACAUGGAGUACAAGGGUCUGUUCACUGCUGCUUGUAGCUUUGAUUAUGUUUUCUCUCUCUGACUAGUUUGUGGCUGCUGUGAAUUUUUUUACUUGCAUACAUUUUUUUGUCUGUAAUAAGAGCCUUCGUUGCAGUGGAUGCUGAUUUAAGAAGCUCUAGAUUUUGUAGGACAUUUGUUGUGUUCCAGGUUAGACAAUGGAUCCUCUAAAUCCCCCAAACUGAACCCAUCGUAAUGGGCUUCGAAAACCAAUCCAAAAAAAAUCUUUUUGUCCCAGUUUGGAUGACAAAAACAGGGUCUCUUAUAUAUAUAUUAUAUAGGUGUUUACAUUGCAGCCUGUAUUGUGGCUGCAGCACUCUAGCACUGUUAGACCAAUUUUAAUUUUUUAUUUCUUUAUUUCUUUAUUUAACAGGGACAAUGCACAGAUACUUUGCUGCAAGUUAGCUAUAAGCUAACUAGCUGUAGACCCUGGGCAGGAAACAGAGAACAAUUUUCGCUGCUAAAGGACACUAUUAUAUAAAGAACACAACUACAAAAUAGAACGUAUUCAUGACACAGCGGCAACAUCAAGUCAUCGCAGCAACAACAGUAACAACAAUACAACUACAACAUUGAGAUGAAACCCCUCGAUGUCCUCCCAUUGUCCAGGUGCAUUUUUAUUAACUCUUUUAAUGGAGGAGCAGCCAGAUCAUUAAUCAAUUUGUACACUAGACUAGCAUCAGCAAGGCACACAAAGCUGUCAGUAGAUCAGUAGAUUAUGCUUUUGUUAUUAUUGUCUCCAUUAGUUACUUGGACACUGAAAACAUGGGGAAAUAGGGUCCAGGUUGAAAAAUACUGUAGUUACCCUUUAAGUUUCAUGUGAGUAUUUUCUGUUCUCUAUUUUAUUUAACUUGUAUUCUUGUAAUAAAUAUACCGACACAAUAGAUCACCAUGUAUUCAUGUAACGUCAUCAGAUUUUUUGCAAAAACAUAAACAAAUAAAGAGAAAUAUUUAGAAAAA